UCUGCGCACUGCUCGCUCCAGCCUCGACCACUCCCCCGCAACAACCCCCAGCCAAUGCCACGCUCAUGACCAUGGCAACCGCCCUGGCACCCAAGAGCACGGCGGCAGGCCGCGGCCUGCUGCUCGCUUUAGCUUCAUCGACCCGGGCCGCCGCCCUGCCGCUUAGACACGCCGCCGCCGCCAGGACAGCCCUGCUGGCGCCCACAGCUUCAUCACCAACAACAACCCCGACACCCCACCGACGCGCCUUUACCAGCGGCGCCGACGGCGGCAGCUCCGGCGGCUACGGCGCGCCGUCGCCGCUGGCCCCUCACUAUCAGGGCCCCUCUGGCGGCGGCGGCGGCGGCGGCUCCCUGCCGUCGUACUUCCAGCGGCCCUCGCUGCCCGCCAACACAAUCGUGCGCUUCGUGCCGCAGCAGACGGCCUGGAUCGUCGAGCGCAUGGGCAAGUUCAACCGCAUCCUGCAGCCGGGCCUCGCCAUCCUGAUCCCCUUCCUCGACCGCAUCGCCUACGUCAAGUCGCUCAAGGAGGUCGCCCUCGAGAUCCCGUCGCAGAGCGCCAUCACGGCCGACAACGUCACACUCGAGCUCGACGGCGUGCUGUACACGCGCGUCUUUGACGCCUACAAAGCCAGCUAUGGCGUCGAGGACGCCGAGUACGCCAUCUCGCAGCUCGCCCAGACGACGAUGCGGUCCGAGAUCGGCCAGCUGACGCUCGACCACGUACUCAAGGAGCGCGCCGCGCUCAACACCAACAUCACGGCCGCCAUCAACGAGGCCGCGCAGGCCUGGGGCGUGACGUGCCUGCGCUACGAGAUCCGCGACAUCCAUGCGCCCGCCGCCGUCGUCGAGGCCAUGCACCGCCAGGUCACGGCCGAGCGGUCCAAGCGCGCCGAGAUUCUCGAGUCCGAGGGCCAGCGCCAGAGCGCCAUCAACAUCGCCGAGGGCCGCAAGCAGUCCGUCAUCCUGGCCUCGGAGGCCCUGCGCUCCGAGAACAUCAACCGCGCCAGCGGCGAGGCCGAGGCCAUCCUGCUCCGCGCCCGCGCCACGGCCGAGGGGAUCGACGCCGUCGCCCGCAGCAUCGCCGACGGCAGGGACGCUGCCCAGGGCGCCGUUAGCCUGUCGGUGGCCGAGAAGUACGUCGACGCCUUCGGACGCCUCGCCAAGGAGGGCACCGCCGUCGUCGUCCCCGGCAACGUCGGCGACAUCGCCGGCAUGAUCGCCACCGCCCUCAGCGUCUAUGGCAAGGUCGGCGACGCCCAGGCCAGGACCAUGGCCUUCUCCUCCUCAAAGGGCGCCGCGUCCGCUGCCGGCAAGGAGGCCUCCGACAGCAAGACCGAGUCCCCCGUCGACCACAGCAGGUCCAUGCGCGAUAGCAUCGUCGCCGACUUUGACAGGGCCGCCGAGACGAAGAGAUAGAGAGAGUUUUGGGAAUAUCAGCUUCGACUUUGGAGCGCGCUUGAAAUCCCAAGGGCUGGCUAGCCCCUUCAUGUACAAUAUUAUUUCUGGGCGGGCUUCAUAAAAGCAGUGACUGCGACGGGAACGCCAAAGGGAUCACUACUUAGUUAAAAAGCAUCAGCGGAGGCGUCAACCGGUGGACGAUUAUCAGUGCAUUCUCUUUUUCUGCCUUUUGUCUCAUUUCUAGUCGCCCACGGCUUGAUACAGAGUAGGCUCUGGGGUCUCAUCAAAUGUUGACCAAACCAGACUCGGCACUUGCCGGAAAGUAACUAGAACCCACCUUAAGGACUUCUAAAGUUUGGGCCGCC